CAAAAACAUGGUGGUUUUAUCCAAAAAAGUUGUUCAUACCGACUUGGCCAACUUCCAAACAUGCAAAUCCACCACUGAUAUAUUCACCGGAGUUCCCGUCGUGGAUAUGUCCGAUGCCAUCACCGCCAAGAAGCUCAUCGUCGAAGCCUGCAGAGAGUUUGGAUUUUUUAAGGCUGUCAAUCACGGAAUCUCACCGGAGCUGGUGGCCGUGUUGGAAUCGGAGGCUGUCGACUUCUUCGCACUGCCGCAGCAAGAAAAGGACAGGUCAGGCCCGGCCAGCCCGUUCGGCUACGGCAACACGAGAAUUGGGCCCAACGGUGACACCGGCUGGGUCGAAUACCUCCUCCUCUCCACCCGCCCCGGUCUCAUGCUCCAUAAGCCCCAUUUUCCCGCCAUUUCAGAAAACCUCUGGUUUGCUGCGGGUGAGUAUAUCUCAGCCGUGGCAAAAAUGCUGAAGGGAGUUUUGGAGAUGAUUUCCGGGGAGCUGGGAAUUGGGCCGAGGGGCUGCCUAAGCGGCCUCGUAGGGGACGAGAAGAGCGAUUCGUGUUUCCGGCUGAAUCACUACCGGCCGUGCCCGAAUCUUGAGGCAUUGAGUGGCUGGAAUUUGAUCGGAUUUGGUGAGCACACGGACCCUCAAAUAAUGUCGGUUUUGAGAUCUUGCAACGCACCGGGCCUCGAAAUUCGGCUGCAAAAUGGUUCAUGGGCCUCGGUCCCAUCUGAUCAAACCUCUUUCUUCUUUAGUGUUGGAGAUUCUCUUCAGGUGAUGACCAAUGGAAGAUUUAAGAGUGUGAAGCAUAGAGUGGUGACAAAUUGCCUCAAAUCAAGGGUGUCAAUGAUAUAUUUUGGAGGGCCACCAUUGGAUGAAAAGAUUGUACCUUUAUGCUCAUUAAUGGAGGAAGGUGAAGAAAGCUUGUACGAGGAAUUCACUUGGUCCGAAUACAAGAAAUCAGCUUACAACUCUAACUUGGGUGAUGAUAGGUUGAAGCUUUUUGAAAAAAUCAAGUGAUCAUGUCCCUUGAUUUAAUUAAACACCAUAAUUCAUAGAGAGUAGACUUUCCAUAUAUGGCAAUGACGAGGCAUCCAUGUAGUUGCAAUUUGAAUUUUCUACAUAGGUUAUGAAUAGGUAGGUUUAAUUUAUUAAAUCGUAAUAUAUGUAUCAAAUUAGUUAUUAAAGUUUGAUGCAAUGUCAAUAUUUCAGUAUAUAAUUGUUGGAUA